AUGUCAUUUUCUGUUCGCCUAUCACAGAGUCUCUGCCAUUUGAUAACACCUGGUGGUUUAUGGGUGAAGAGAGCGGCACCCUUCCACCGUCAUACAUUUCAUAAAAAUGUUUCAAGUAUCACGCAUGUCAAAGACGGUGGGGUUCGUAUGGUGAAUGUUGAAGACAACGGCAAGCUAGAAACGAAACGAGUUGCUUGCGCAUCUGGUCGAGUGGUUGUGAAUCAAGCUAUCAUUGACUUGCUGAGAAGAUCCGAUUCUUCUUGUAAGGAUUCGAGUUUGUCAGCUUCAAGCAAAGGACCAGUUCUAACAACAGCGGAAAUUGCGGGCAUUAUGGGGGCGAAAAAGACCUCUGAUCUUAUUCCUUUGUGCCACAAUAUUAAUCUUUCUCAGAUUGAGAUUAAAUGCAGAAUAGAUGAAGGGAGCAAUUCCAUCCUGGUCUCUUCAGUUGCACGUUCUACCAGCAAGACUGGAGUCGAAAUGGAGGCUCUCACUGGGGUUUCAAUCGCAGCUUUGACCCUCUAUGACAUGUGCAAGGCGGUGUGCAAAUCUGCAGUCAUCCAAGAGAUCCAACUUGAUUAUAAAUCCGGAGGGAAGAGUGGCGAAUACAUUCGAUCAAAUAAUUGUGAAAGAUACAAAUAG